UGAACACAACUACACUGUGUGCUGCUUCAUUCCUUCGCGCAGCUUCAGUUUCCAGACAGGUACCCGGGACCCGGGACCCCGGGUUUGGACGGGAAGGAUGCGGGAUGCGGAGUCUGCCGGCUCGGCUCUCAGCAGAGUUAUCUCGUGCACAGAGCAGCGCGUGCGGUGCAUCUUCCCCGCCUUCUCCUGCGUGUCCUCACAUCUUCUCCAGGCUGGAGGAAACUAUCAAAGCUGCCUGAGAUACAUCUGAGCACAUUUUAAUUUCAGUUUCUAAUUUUUAAGCAGCUAUGACAUCACCGGGCUGGCUUCUUCUCAUCUGCAAACACGGAAUACCUAACGGAGUGCGUCUUGGCUGUUCCUUCCACGCAACAAACCCCGGUUCUUCUUCUCUUAAAAUCUGAAAAAAAAAAAAUAAAUCAUCCAAAUUUAAAAUCCCCGGAAUGUGUGCUCACCGAGCAACAAGCAGCAGCGCCCUAAGUGUCUGUGUCCCUGCAGCAGCAGCUCUACACAGGAGGUAUGCUGAAGAAGAGAACGCAUCGGUGGGGAAUCCGUCGCUUUGGAUGUUUGUGUGCAUUUUAAAGGCUGCACCUGCGGGAUUACGGUCACUCUGAGAAGAAGAUUUGCGGGUUCCCGCUGCAGGAUAACGGACAGGGAUGCACUCAGUCUGCUUGUUUGGAUGCGUGAAACUGUCCUGAGAAGUCUGUGAUUGCAGCUUGCAGAGGCUCUACAUUUCGGUUUCUCUGUGUGCGCGUCGGAUUGAAGAGCUCAUUAAAGGCUGCACCUGCGGGAUUACAGUCCGUCCGAGGACCUGACACCUGGCCUUUGAUUUCACUAACCCUCUGCUGGAUAAAAGACAGGGAUGCACUCGGUUGUUGGAUGCGUUAAACUAUCCUGAGAAGUGUGUUUUUGCAGCUUGCAGAGGCAAGCUUUUUUAUUAUUAUUUGGGAGGACCACGGAUCCAAUCAUGGGCACCCACUCUGAUCAUUCCCCGCAGAUUAACCCGGGUUUUACCCUCCGGCUGUUUGCUCUCCUGUGUUUCCUGGAGAUGUCCGGCUCUCAGGAGAUUUACGCGCCGCACUCCAUCCGCGUGGAGGGCGACGUGACACUGGGGGGGCUGUUCCCGGUGCACGCACGGGGGGUCCCGGGGAUCCCGUGCGGGGACAUCAAGAAGGAGAACGGCAUCCACCGGCUGGAGGCCAUGAUGUACGCCCUGGACCAGAUCAACGGCGACGAGGAGCUGCUGCCCAACGUCACGCUGGGCGCGCGGAUCCUGGACACGUGCUCGCGGGACACGUACGCGCUGGAGCAGUCGCUGACGUUCGUGCAGGCGCUGAUCCAGAAGGACACGUCGGACGUGCGGUGCACCAACGGGGAGCCGCCGGUGUUCGUCAAGCCCGAGAAGGUUGUGGGGGUGGUCGGGGCCUCCGCCAGCUCCGUGUCCAUCAUGGUGGCCAACAUCCUGCGCCUCUUCCAGAUUCCUCAGAUCAGCUACGCGUCCACGGCCCCGGAGCUGAGUGACGACCGCCGCUACGACUUCUUCUCCCGCGUGGUCCCUCCAGACAGCUUCCAGGCGCAGGCCAUGGUGGACAUCGUCAAGGCGAUGGGCUGGAACUACGUCUCCACAGUGGCGUCCGAGGGCAGCUACGGCGAGAAGGGCGUGGACGCCUUCAUGCAGCUCUCCAGAGAAGCAGGUGGAAUCUGUAUCGCUCAGUCUCUGAAGAUCCCUCACCACCACAAACCGUCCGACUUUGAUAAAAUCAUCCAUCUGCUGCUGGACACGCGCUACGCCCGGGCCGUCAUCCUCUUCGCCUCCGACGAGGAUAUCAGGGGUAUCUUGAAUGCCAGUAAGCGAGCGGACCAGGUGGGUCACUUCCUCUGGAUCGGCUCGGACAGCUGGGGCGCCAAAAACAGUCCGAUCAUCCAGCUGGAGGACGCCGCCGUGGGCGCCGUCACCAUCCUUCCCAAGAGAGCCACCAUCAGCGGGUUCGACGCGUACUUCACGUCGCGGACGCUGGAAAACAACCGGAGGAACGUUUGGUUCGCUGAGUACUGGGAGGAGAACUUCAACUGCAAACUGAUGAGCUCCUCCAAGAAAGACGAGAGCAGCAGGAAGUGUACAGGUCAGGAGCGGAUCAGCAUUGAUUCAAAGUACGAGCAGGAGGGAAAGGUGCAAUUUGUGAUCGACGCGGUGUAUGCCAUGGCGCACGCUCUACACAACAUGCAGCGAGACCUGUGUCCCGAAAACUCGGGCAUCUGCCCCGACAUGGACCUGGCCGGGGGGAAGAAACUACUCAAGUACAUCCGCAGCGUCAGCUUCAAUGGAAGCGCUGGCACUUCAGUGAUGUUCAACCGUAACGGCGACGCCCCCGGGCGCUACGAUCUGUUCCAGUACCAGUGGAACAACAUCUCCGGGCCGGGGUACCGCGUCAUCGGACAGUGGACCGAGACGCUGCAGCUCAAUGUGGAGGAGAUGCAGUGGCCUGGCGGCGAGCAGGACAUCCCCAGCUCCGUGUGCAGCCUUCCCUGUAGGACGGGCGAGAGGAAGAAGGUGGUGAAAGGCAUGCCGUGCUGCUGGCAUUGCGAGCCCUGCGACGGCUACCAGUACCAGCACGACGAGUUCACCUGCAAGCUUUGCUCCUAUGACAUGCGCCCCGACACCAACCGCACCGCCUGCCAGCCCAUCCCCAUCACCAAGCUGGAAUGGCACUCGCCCUGGGCUGUGAUCCCCGUGUUCCUCGCCAUGAUCGGGAUCAUCGCUACCAUCUUUGUCAUGGCUACGUUCGUACGGUACAACGACACGCCGAUUGUCCGGGCGUCUGGCCGCGAGCUGAGCUACGUUCUCCUAACUGGGAUAUUUUUAUGCUACAUCAUUACAUUCCUAAUGAUCGCUAAGCCGGAUGUUGGCGUGUGCUCGUUCCGAAGGAUUUUCCUGGGUUUAGGCAUGUGCAUCAGCUACGCCGCCCUCCUCACCAAAACCAACCGCAUUUACCGAAUCUUCGAGCAGGGCAAGAAGUCGGUGACGGCGCCGCGGUUGAUCAGCCCCACCUCGCAGCUGGCGAUCACCUCCAGUCUGAUCUCGGUGCAGCUGUUGGGCGUGUUCAUCUGGUUCGUGGUGGAUCCGCCCAACACGCUCGUAGACUACGACGAGCAGAAGACCUUCAACCCGGAUCUGGCUCGAGGCGUGUUGAAGUGUGACAUCACGGAUCUGCAGAUCAUAUGUUCGUUGGGUUACAGUAUCCUGUUGAUGGUGACGUGUACUGUGUACGCCAUAAAGACUCGCGGGGUCCCGGAGAACUUUAACGAGGCCAAGCCCAUCGGGUUCACCAUGUACACCACCUGCAUCGUUUGGCUGGCGUUUAUACCCAUCUUCUUCGGCACGGCGCAGUCUGCGGAAAAGCUGUACAUCCAGAUGACCACGCUGACCAUCUCCAUGAACCUGAGUGCGUCUGUGGCUCUCGGGAUGCUCUACAUGCCCAAAGUCUACGUCAUCAUCUUCCACCCGGAGCUCAACGUGCAGAAGAGGAAGCGCUCCUUCAAGGCCGUGGUCACCGCCGCCACCAUGUCGUCCCGACUCUCCCACAAGGCCAGCGAGCGGCCCAACGGCGAGGCCAAGACGGAGCUGUGUGAGAACGUCGACGCCAACAGUCCAGCAGAAAAGAAGAAAUUCGUGAGCUACAACGACCUCGUGAUCUAACAGCGUCCAAGAGAGACUGAACAGAGAGAGAGAAAGGUCUCCUGCCCUGCUGGCUAUAAAGCAAAGAAAGAGAGGAUGUUUUUCUGUUGUUGUUUAGUUGUUUGGUCUCAUGUGCUCCAUUGCCCACACAGACUUUCAGAUGCUGAAGCAAAGCAUUGUGGGACUGCCCUCUGGACAAAGCCUUACGGCACCAAACAUUCACUAAGACAGACAAAGAGAAGCAAGGACGCAAAGAGGGCGAAGACGGGUUAAAAAAAUACGUGAGGAUGUUCAGAAAAUAAAAAAGAAAUCACUUUUUGUCCAUGAGGCUAAACAUGGCAGACAUCUUGCAGCCUCACACGGGGCACCACUUUGUUUCUUUCUCUGCCGUUGAUGUCAAACGAAGCUGCCCGUCUCGGCCGGUCGUGACCUUUCUACAGAGCCCGCCUCCUGUUGUCUUUUGAUGUACUUCCAAACUGCAAGUUUUCCAACCUUCCUGUCCUCCCUUGUGUGGUUCUUAAUGGCUUCUAUGUUACUUUGGUUGUUGGUUUUCUUUUUUUUCUUUUAAAGUUGACAAUGGUUAUUACGUUGAUGAUGAUGAAUUUGUUUUGCUCUUUGCUGCUCGGAUGCACUUUUUUUUUCAUUAAAGCCAUAUUCUUCACUUUGAGAUUUCGAGGGCUUUGUGCACACUGCCGGCUGGGAUCUGGUUGUUGCCACUUAAAAAUGUCCUUAAAGACCCUGAAAACAUGUUUUCUCAACCGGCUUCUUACUGAGAAGGCUUGGAUCCUAUUUUCAGAAACACUUCAGAUCACAGCGUGAUGAUGAAGUACAGCGGUUUUUAAAGUUUCAGAGUCGACUCCAUUUCGAUGGUACAUUCUGAGUUUUAGUAAACAUGGUGUGACAUGAAAAAGGUUCAUAUUAAAGGGAUAGUUCAGAUCUUUUCAAGUGUUGUUAUACAGUAAGUUAGUUAAUUAGGUAUGUUACAGGUAUGUUACAGUAGUUCAGUUUAUGACAAGGAACUGAAACUGUUCUCUCUGUCAUUUUACCUCGUAGAACAUGUGAGUUGCUGCUCUACCGCUGCCUCUAUUGGCUAGUUUUUUUAGUUUCAACUGUCCCUUUAAUGGAAUUUGUCUCUCAUGUUGUCUUACUUCUAUCUAGGUGAUGUACACAGGAAGGAGUAUAAUGAUUACAUUGAUACUGGAUAGAGGCAUAGAGUUCUGGAGCCUCUUUUUUUCUCUGAUUUCGUGUGUCAUAACUGUGUAUUUAGAUUUCACAGAGUUAUGACUCUGAGAAGGAGUGUAAUUUUUGACGCAGAUUGUAGCAAUCGGGUGCUUAAGUAUUUUAAAGGUGCAGGAAACUCAAAAUCAGGCACGUGUGGCUUUGCAGGUGUUAAUUACGCAUGUUGUCUUGCCAUGAGCUCUUGGGAAUGUCAGUGUUGUUGUUUUUUACCUAAAUGUCGUCUUCUUUGUUAUCUGCUUCAGAUGCUGGUUUUAAGCCCGCUUUGGCAAAGUUUCUUAAAGGGAAAAAUGUGUGUGCAGUGCCUCAAAGAAGCUUCCAGUAACUUAAAGCCCUUAAUUUCCUCAAUGAUCUGCGUCUCUGCUACGAAUGCUCACAAACGGUAGAUGCUAGGUCACACCUGAUGCACGUGUUGACACCAACACAAGUCAACAGACCUUACUGCAGCUUUUAUAUUUCUUGGUUGCCGAUGUUGUUGAUAGUUUCUAUCCAAUUUUGGAUCACAUUCCUGUUGGAACAUGUUUAUAGUUUAGAAGACUAUAUUGGCGAUCUUUGAUGGUAGAAAGUGCUGCUAUACUCUGUAACAGUCAUUCCACUGCUACAUGUAUGCUAACGUUAUCUUGGCUGCCGUUGUUGGUCAUUUCUCCCCAAUGUGGGAUCAAAUAGCUUCUGCAACAUGUUCAAUUGUGUAGUUUUUGGUUCAGAGGACUUUAUCAGCGAUUUGUGAUGGUAUAAAUUACAGCCUGUACUCUGUUACGAUCCAUUGUUAACUACAUGUAGCUAUAUACUAAUGCCAGGGAAAGCUGUGAUCUUGGUUAUCAAUGUUGUUCAUUUCUCCCCAAUUUCUGAUCACAUACUGUAGCUUCUGGAACAUGUCCUAUUGUAUAGCUUUUGGUUUAAAGCAUUUAUUGGUGUUUUCUCCGGGUAAAAAGUGCUGCUAUACUCCAUUGCAGUCAGUCUUCACACUGUAAGAAAAAACAUUGUUGAAAAAGGAUAAUGUCCUGGCAGAAAAUCACCAGUAACUUUUCCAUUAUGUUUACGGACCUUUCUGUUAAUACAAAAAUCUAAAUGCAGAACAUUCCUUCAUAUUAACACAGUAUAUUAGCAUAUAUUUCUACGGACUUUUCUAAGAGUG